AUGGCGACCAUGAGAACCACAACACUCACUAUAUUCCUCACAUUCAUCUUUUUCUGCUCUACUCUUUCCUCCAUCAACGCCGACAUAGACUUGUUCUGCGGCAAAACCCCAUACCCUGAAGCCUGCAAAACCUCCAUGACCACCCAUGGCCUUCACUCUUACAACCCCAAAGUCCAUUCAGAUUUCAAGAAAAUGACUAUACAAGCUGCCAUGGAGCAUACCCUACGUGCACAGACCCUCAUAGAAUCCCUCGGAUCAAAAUGUCGGAAUGAGAAGGAGAAAGCUGCGUGGGCUGACUGUGUGGAGCUUCACAAACACAGCGUUCAUCAACUCAACAGCACCAUUAACCCUUACAACAACUGCACCGACUCCGAUAAACAAACAUGGUUAAGCACAGCCAUCACCAACCUCGACACUUGCCGAGAUGGUUUCUUUGAUCUUAAUGUCUCUGACUACCUUCUUCCUCUCAUGUCUAACGACGCUUCUAAGAUGAUUUCAAACUCUUUGUCUGUUAACAAAGUUGAAGAACCUCAAGAGCAAACUUAUGAAAAUGAUAAGUUCCCAACUUGGGUAUCUCCCGGUGAUCGGAAGCUUUUAUCCUCAAGAUCUACGUCUGUAAAGGCUAACCUCGUUGUAGCACAAGAUGGGUCCGGAAGGUAUCGCACCAUACAAGCUGCACUUAAUGCUGCAGCGAAGACAAAUAGAGGAAGUAAGAGGUUUGUCAUUUAUGUUAAGAAAGGUGUUUACAGGGAGAACCUUGACAUUGGAAGCAGCUUGACCAACAUUUUGCUCGUUGGAGAUGGGCUCAAAUACACAAUCAUCACCGGUAGCAGAAGUGUAGGUGGAGGUUCCACCACCUUCGGAUCCGCAACAGUUGGUGUUGUCGGAAAAGGAUUCAUGGCACGGGGAAUUACAAUCCGUAACACUGCAGGUCCUCAGAAUAAUCAAGCAGUGGCUCUCCGUUCAGGUGCUGAUAAAUCAGUCUUCUAUCAAUGUAGCAUUGAAGGAUAUCAAGACACACUCUAUGUUCACUCACAACGUCAAUUCUACAGAGAGUGUUACAUUAUAGGGUCAGUGGAUUUCAUCUUUGGUAAUGCAGCUGUAGUGUUACAAAACUGCAUGAUCUACGCUAGGAGACCCAUAACCGGUCAGGAAAUUACGGUGACGGCUCAAGGGAGAACCGACCCGAACCAAAACACUGGAAUUUCAAUUCAUAACUCUAGAGUAAUGGCUGGUUCGGACCUGGCUCGAAUUCAGAGCUCGGUUAGAGCAUAUUUGGGUCGACCAUGGAAGGAAUACUCUAGAACUGUUUACAUGCAAACCUAUCUUGGUUCAUUGAUAGAUCCGGCUGGUUGGUUGGAAUGGAAUGGUAAUUUUGCUCUAAAUACGUUAUAUUAUGGAGAGUACAAGAACUCUGGGCCGGGUUCGUCUACUGCUAGGAGAGUGAGGUGGGGUGGGUAUCAUGUUAUAACACAAGCAUCUGUAGCAUUACAGUUCACAGUAGGGAGAUUUAUUAGCGGUAAUUCUUGGUUACCUGCCACCAGCGUGCCUUACACAUCGGGCCUUUGA